AUGACUUCAAGGCGAAACAGAGAAAGGCGUCUAAAUGAUGAUGAUAUCGCUGAGUAUCUUGAUGAAGACGGAGACAGUUCUUUUGAUGAGUCUAUUGGAAGUGAUGACGUAUACAUUCCUCCUCAAGGUUGUCAUAGAGGCUCUAGAUCUGAAGAAUUAUUGGCUAGUAGUAGUGAAGAAGAAUAUAACGAAGAGUGGCUUGAAGAAAUAGAUGUCUUACAAGCAGAAGAUACUGCAGUUAGAGAAAGUGUAAAUGUAGACCAUGUUAGCGCAGAAAAUAGGGAAGACAUCAUUCGCGCUGCCGUUGAAGUCAACGCAGAUAUAGAUAACGAAAGCUCGGAAAUUCAAAACGACAAUUCAGAAAGACCUGUCAAUGCAAAUUUUACCUGGGGACCAGUACUCGAAAAUUUUACAUCAAGAAAGACUGUAAGUAUCCCAAGAGUCUGCCGCACGUCAGAAUGUUUUACAGAAAAUUCAAAGCCAAUAGACAUCUUUUUGAAAUUUUUUCCAAAGAGUCUACUGGAUUAUAUCGCACAAUGCACUAAUUUAAGAAUUGAAAAAGCGAGAAAUGAGGUAGGAGACAGAGAUAGCAGAGCUCGAAAACGAAGCUAUAUGACAACUACUGACAGAAGAGAAAUAGCGAUAGUUCUGGGCUGCACUCUUAUAAUGGGAUAUAACCAACUUCCAUCCUUCUCUGACUACUGGUCCACAAAACCAUCUUUAGGAAAUACUGUUGUAAAAGCUGCCAUAAGUCGUGACAGAUGCAAGUUUCUUUUAGGAAAAUUGUAUUUCGCUAACCCCGAAAAACCCACUGAUGCUUCUAAAACGUACUACGUUGAGGAUGUACUGAAUUGUUUAAAAAAAACUUUUAAAAAAUAUAGAGAGGACAGCUACAUACAAAGCAUUGACGAGUCAAUGACUAAAUUCAAAGGGCGUUCCAGUCUUAAACAAUAUAUGCCGAUGAAACCUGUAAAACGUGGCAUUAAAAUGUGGGUACGCGCUGAUGCCAGGAGUGGAAACGGGCGUGGUACUAUCGCCGUUAGAUGGCAAGAUACUAAAGAUGUCCUCCUAAUGAGUAACUGUCAUGGAACUGAUAGAACUGAAGUAUCAAGAAAAUUAAAAACUGGUUCCGUUAUCACAGUACCAGCACCAGAAAUCGUUGCUUUUUAUAGACGAGCUAUGUUCGGAGUCGAUAGAAAUGAUAGAAUGGUUGGUGAACAUGAAUUUGAGAGAAAAUCUAAAAAGUGGUGGAGAAAGGUAUUCUAUCGACUAUUGAAAAUGGCGAUAGUCAACUCUUGGGUAAUAUAUAGAGAAAAAGUAAACAAGAAAUGCGCUAUGAAGGACUUUUUAGUUGAAUUGGCUCCAGAAAUGUUGGAAUUUGGCAAAAGUAAUACAAAUAAAUGGAAACGAAGACAAACCACAGCAACAAGUUCUGUUGAAAGAGGUGUAAUAGGAAAUCACUUGCCCUUGCAAAUGAAUUGUCGUAAAAGGUGCGUAUCUUGCACUCAAAAGAAAAAAGACACACGCACAUACACCUCAUGUAUGACUUGUAAUAAAUAUUUGUGUAAGAAUUGUUUCACACCCUGGCAUUUGGCCUGA